AUGAAAGGAUUGUGGAAGAAUAAAAAAUAUCAGCAGAAGUCAAACGGAAAUAUGGAAAUAAAAACGAAAGGUAGUAAUAAGAAAGAAUUUAGUUUCCCGCCCGAAAAGGAAAUGCAAAAAGUAAUCAAAAGAUUUUCAGACCCCAAUUAUAACCGAGUAAACAUUGGCUUAACGCCUAAUGCUAGCGAGCUAGAUAAGGCUAAAUAUGAUAUUUGUCAGUCAAUAUCUCGUUAUAAAAGAGUAAGCAACCUUACCCCUAGUGAACUAGCCAAGAAAUUAAAAAUCAGUAAAGAAAGAACUGACGAUAUUCUAUUCGGACGAAUUAGUAAUUUUGACUUUGAAGAACUAGUAUCUUACACCGAAAAACUAAACGGACACUUAAAAAUUAACAUUAACUAUGAUGGCGAAAAAGCCUCCGCAAGAGCCAGUUAA